CUUCACCCCAGCCCAUUUCCUUCAGCUGCACCAACACACCCGCAGCCCACCCCACCACCCCAUGGCCUGGGCACUGGGGUGGCAUCGCUGACCAUCUCUCUUCACUGGUGGGAGGAGCAGAGAGGUUUCCCUGGGGGCUCACACUCAGGCCCUCUGCUGCCAGGCCUGCAGGAAGCCAGGAGCCCGAGCCACACCACACCAAGUGUGUGCUGUCCCCCCGGGAGAGGCAGCGGGCUGGGGGCCACCAGGGAGAACGGGAGAUGGGAGGCAGCCGCCCCAUCACAGAAACAACAUAAGGAAAGUUGCUGCUCCCUUCAUGCAGCUCCAUCACGGUGGCAGGAAUGACUUGGCAGGGUCUCAGCUGCCUCUCCACCAGGGCCACCUCAGGAGCAGCAGCCAUGGUGGGUGGCUGCUGAGGCCAUCAGGCAGGAGGUGUGUCCCCAGGGGGCUGGGGCAGAGGUGGCUGCAGCACAGCUGCUGCCUGGAGCGGAAGGACAGCAGACCGUUACAGCCAACAGCCACCAGCUCAGCGGGCGUGAAGCCCCUCCUGUCUGUGACACCUGUCACGGGGCCCAGGGACACUGUGUCACACGGCCACCAGCCCAGGCUGUCCUCAGCACUGAGGGCACCAGGCACAUCUCAUGUGCCAGGGCUGCUGCUGGCCGCCUCCUGCCCUCCACAGGCAGGCCCAGCCCAUCAGUGCCACCUUGUCACCGUGCGGGGACAGCCACUCCCUCCCCUCUGCAGCAGCCACAGAGGCCCCAAGCCGAAGGCAUUUGCCCCUGCAGGUAUCAGCACUUUGUGUUUCCUGCAACCAGGCCCCUGAGCUCUGGCAGGUAGGAGCACACUGCAGGUACAGCUCCAGCUGUUGCCCACCAGCUCUCCCCAGAUUCUGCAGAGUGGUGGCAAGAUGAACACGAGUCUCCCUGCACAUGUCCUGGGGGAGGAGUGUCACACACACAUCUUGUCCCAGGCUCUGAGCAGGUCAAGCCCAUGGAUUAGACUGUCUGUGAAAUGAAACCUGGCGAGAUGGAGGGAAAUCACCUCCUCAUGCAGAGAGGCAUUCCAGAGAAAGGGAAUUUGUCCUCAGAGCAGAGAGCACUGGAUAAUGCAGCACAUCAGUGUUGUUACUGGUUCCCACCAUUCCAGCCCUCCCCAUCAGCUGAGCAGCACAGGGACAUGAUUUUAUCAAUGUUUCCUACAGGAAAAGGGGACGAUGCUCCAGGGCCCUGCCUGCAGGAGCACUUGCACAGAAACAUUUGGGCACCAAAUGGAAGAUGCAGCUGGCACAUGAGCGUGUACACCAUGGGGCUGCAAAGCCCCACUGCUCCAGAGUAGGACCAGCAGGGUCCUCAGGGAGGUUUUCCAGUGGCAUCCAGUCAUGUCACAGGAGGCCAGGCUGCCCUUGCAGCAAUGCUGGACUCAGGAGCAGGGUGAGCAGAUGUGGCACCACCACAGCCCAGAGCAGCUGCAGGACAAAUGGAGGUGGGGGCAGGAAACACCAAGAGACUACAAAAAGUCCGAAAUUCAGAGCAUCUGGGAGCACACAGAGCAGGCUUCCCAACAGGCUGUUGUUUGGCUCAGCUUUUGCUCUACAUCCCCCCGCAGGAGGCUGGAGAACCUGCAGGGGCCGUUCACUGUUGCUGGGCGAUCUGGCUACUGAAACCACAACAGCGUCAGAGGGAAAUGAGCCCUCUGUGUCCCGGGCUCUCCAGCAGCUCCCAGCGCUGCCUGCAGGACAGGACCCGGCCCCACAGCCCUGCAGGGGCACAGCAGCACCACGUUCGCCACAGUGAGAUUCGGAGGUAGGCGGGGAAAGAGGGACACAGCACCUGGUGCACAGCAAUGCCCAGGGCUUAGGGACAGGCAGGAGAGCUCUGCCAGGGUGCAGCAGCAUCCUGCACCUCACCUGCUUUUAAAAAAGGGAGAUCUAUUACCCCUGCACUCCAAAUCAUGGAGGAAAACCACUCCAGCAGAGCUGAGUUAAUCACAGGAGGUGAGGAUGAGCUCCCAGCCUGGCAGCCCUGGGAAAUCACCGGAGGGAGCCCUGCUUAUCUAGACACAACCAGAAGAGCCAUGGGGCACAAGUGCCAGCUGCCAGCAGAGCUCCUCUGUCCUGGGCUGUGUGGGAAGGGUUCCCUGACUCAAAUCCCAGCCCUCAGUUUCAGAGAGCAGGUAUUUGUGGGAAGGAAUGAGCAGCCCCUAUGCUGACCUCACCCAGCUGGCUGAAAGCCUUGGCCAGUCCCCAGACACUCGUGGCUGAAGCCAUCAGAUGCACAGGGUUCUAAGCCUUUGCUCCCUGUGCUAUUUGAAUUGGAUCCCCAGCUCUGACUACUGACGUGUGUCAGCCCUGGGGGAUUUCUCAAUUAUGACAAACUCGGUCAGAGUUCAUGGCCAAAAUAUCCUCAGGUGACUCAGCCUCUAUCUCCAGCUCUUUCACCUUGUGACUGGGACCAGCUUGUAGAAGGGGACUGGCAAGGUCCAGGGCUCACUGCUUUUUCCUACUCAUGCUUGAUGAGACAAAGUUGAAGGACAGAGACACUUCAUCAAUCAAAACCAUUUUUCCCCAAAUCAAAGCUCUCAUCUUCUCCCCUUGACCUGGGGCUCUCUCAGCACCUGUAGCUGUAAUGCAGCUGCUCAAAGCCCUGCUGAUGCCACACAGGGAUCCUGUCUUUGCUGGCCUGGCCACAGUGGGCACCUCUCAGCCACCUGCUGUGCCUCCUGCCAUGCCCACGUGGUCCCUGGGUUUGGGGUGACCACAGUCCAAUCUCAGGUCUCAUUCAUUGCAGCCAACUGCCAAGAGAUGGUGAACCUGCUCUGCUGUGUCCAGACCCUCACAGGCCACCUCAAGUGGAAGUGUCAGUGCAGGUCUGAAGACUGCAUCGAUCUGGUGGACGAAAAGGGCACCCUGAUGAACCUGAGCAAAGUGGAGGAUCCUGCGUCUGAAUAUGCCAGUAAAUACCUGCAGGGAAGGCAGCGCUACAUCCUCAUCAGAGUUGUCCGAGAAGAGAACUCUGAAGCCACCUGCUAUGAAUCCUUGCUAGAGGACCUGGGGAAACACUACCCUGACCUACCAGGGCUUGGUCACUCCACAGAUCGGCUGCAGCAGCUCUCAGGAAAGACCCAGAGGACAGAUCAGAGGAAGAAGGGCUCCUUGCAGAAGGCUCAGCCCCACACCAGCACCCAAGCCAGGAACAGGACCACCUUACAGAGCAAGAAGAACUUGGAACUCAAGAACACCCCUAAAUGAGGAACUGGUCACACAGGCAGCACAGCCUCCACCAGGGCCCAAACACCUGCCCAGGUAUUUAUUCCUAGCACAGCAAGAGUCCCCUGCUGCUGAGCCCCUCUUCCUGGGAUCCCCUGCCCCUCCCAGAGCUUCACACUACCACACCCCAAGCUGCACCCUGACAAACCAGGCACAGGUACCAUCCUCCUGCUUCAAGGGGCCCAUGUUCCCAUGGCACUCCCCAGGGACAAGAACCUGCACCUCCUUUCCACCCACCUGCACUUGUAUCACUGGAUGGGUCUGCUUCCCACUGCAGCACUCCAGAGUGGCCCUGCAGGGACUGUGCACAGCCAUCGCCAGGAAAAGCUGCUCCAGAGACAGCCAGGCCCCUCAGGGGCAGCAGCAGCACUUUGCCAAGCUGGGUCAAAGGCAGAGCACACCUGCUGCUUCUCCACCCAGAGCAACACAGCACCAGUCUAACAGACUUAUUUCUUAAAGGGAGUUAAACAACUUUGGAGUGGCUCCUCCCUGCUCACACAGAACAGCUCAGCACAUGGAACACAAGCUUUUAAUCUCUGGCAUUUACUUUUCCUCUUGGCUGUCACUAAGAACACAAAACACCCCUAAUAAGGCCAGGCACAGCUCAGGACAUCUCUACCAAGAACUUAAAUCUGUGACAUUCAGAAGGAGAUCAGCCUCCAGUAUCUGCCACCAGCAUUUACCAUCUAGACCUGGAUUUCCUCAGAGAUCCCAGCAAGGGGCUGAGAACUUGUUCUUUAUUCAACAGUCCCAGAUCAAAAGGUUAAGAUUCAUUCUGCCAUGAAAAAUGCAUCAGUUAAGCAUCUGAAGGUGUCCUGGUUUCACUGCUGUGCCACUAAACUCCAGCUGAAACCUCAGAGUUCCCUCUUCUGCCAACAUGAGGAACAGGGUGUCCUGAUGGAGGGCAGUCCAUGGGCAGCAAUCACGAGGCUGUGUAAGAGGAAAGCAGCUCUCAACUCCACCUGAUGCCAGUGACCUUGAGAGCAUUGCAUAACCUACUAAAGCUUUAAAGUCAGAUCAGCCAACUGUAUCCAAGUCCCACAGCCAGACAGGUGACACUCUCUUAGCUCUGAGGUCAGGACAGGUAUUCAAGGAAGAAGAUAUCUAUAGAAAAGUAACUUGUCAUUGAAAAUACUGUGGGACACUUGUUGGCUUAGCUCUCUGCAGCCUCUCCUGUGCCUGGAGGGCAGCCAAUGUCUGCAUCUCCUUCUGCCAAGUCAUGCAGGCACAGUCCUUGCUAGGCUGCACCCCCUGCUCACAGGAAAUACACCCUUGCCUUGUCCUUUGGCUGACAAUGUUAAUGUUUUGGUAGCUUAAUUUUAGCUCGAGAAUUAAAUAAAGAACAUGCACAAGU